AUGUCGUUGCCGGCGAUUUCCCUGUACACCAGCCCACCACCGGGCGCCGUCUACUCGUCGGAGUUCGAUCCGAGCUCCCGCGGCUCGUCGCCGCCCUGCUCCACCGCGCCGCCGUCCACCUCUCACCGCCCGCCCGCCGCCGCGGGCGGGCUGUCCUGCCUCUUCUCCUCCCCGGCCGCGGCGGCCUCGCCGCCUCGUGCCCCGCCGCACGACGAGCUCGGUGCGCUGUGGCAAGAUAGAUCCGACGAGCCCGCCUUCGCCGGCGGCGGCGGCGGCUACUCGUCCUCGCCGCUCAAGUGGCGUGACCUCCACCACCACCAUCACCACAGCCCCGUGUCGGUGUUCCAGGGCCCGUCGUCCUCUCCGGCGGCCUCCCGCAGCCCGCCGGCGUCGUGGCUCGCCGGCCGCGACCGCGACCGCGAGCGCCUCUUCGCCGGCUUCGUGCGCAACGCGCUGGGCUCCUGCGUUGACUACGCCCCGGCACUCAGCCCGCGGUCGGAGGUCGGCGGCGGCGAGCUCGCGUUCGAGCUCGACGAGAACCUCGCGGAGGCGAGCCCCGCCUGCGAGCCGUGCGCCCGGGAGCUCCUCGCCGGCGCCCAGGCUCGCCACCGCAUCUUCCACGAGGAGCUCGUCGUGAAGACCUUCUUCGAGGCCGAGAAGGCUCACCGUGGCCAGACCCGGGCGAGUGGCGAUCCAUACUUGCAACAUUGUGUAGAGACAGCCGUGCUUCUGGCCAAUAUUGGGGCGAAUUCGACGGUCGUCUCCGCCGGGCUUCUGCACGACACCAUUGACGAUUCAUUCAUUGAUUAUGAUCACAUCUUUCACAUGUUCGGAGCCGGCGUGGCCGAUCUCGUUGAGGGGGUCUCAAAGUUGAGCCACUUGAGCAAACUUGCUCGUGAUAACAACACAGCAAGCAGGAUUGUUGAAGCAGAUCGAUUGCACACAAUGCUUCUUGCAAUGGCUGAUGCACGGGCAGUUCUAAUAAAAUUAGCUGACCGUGUGCAUAACAUGAAAACUUUGGAAGCUUUACCUCUUGGUAAACAACAAAGAUUUGCUAAGGAGACCAUGGAGAUCUUUGUUCCUUUGGCUAAUCGAUUAGGGAUUGCCAGCUGGAAAGACCAGUUGGAAAAUCUUUGCUUCAAGCAUCUGAAUCCAGAAGAGCACAAGGAUCUAUCAUCUAAACUAACCAAAUCCUUUGACGAAGUGCUAAUCACAUCUGCUGUGGACAAACUAGAUAGAGGUCUGAGGGAUGCAGGCCUCUCAUAUCACAAUCUUUCUGGGAGGCACAAAAGCCUAUACAGUAUUCACAACAAGAUGCUAAAGAAGAAUUUGACAAUGGAUGAGAUCCAUGAUAUCCAUGGCCUGCGUCUCGUGUUUGAGAAGGAGGAAGAUUGCUAUCGAGCACUUGAUGUUGUUCAUGAACUAUGGCCCCAAGUUCCUGGAAGAUUUAAGGACUACAUAUCUCGUCCAAAAUUAAAUGGGUAUCGAUCAUUGCACACUGUUGUCAUGAGCGAGAAUGUCCACCCAUUUGAAGUCCAGAUCCGUACAAAAGAGAUGCACCUGCAAGCUGAGUAUGGAUUCGCAGCACACUGGAGGUACAAGGAAGGCACCUGUAGGCACUCCUUUGUACUCCAGAUGGUGGAAUGGGCUAGGUGGGUGCUUACAUGGCAAUGUGAAGCAAUGAACAAAGAACGACCUGCAUCUCUAGGCGACAGUGAUGCAAUUAGGCCACCCUGUCCAUUUCCCAUGCAUUCAGAAGACUGCCCUUACUCAUAUACUCGGCAAUGCGACCAUGAUGGACCGAUAUUUGUCAUCCUACUGGAACAUGACAAGAUGUCUGUGCAAGAAUUCCAAGCAAACUCAACUGUAAUGAACCUCAUGGAUCGAGUUGGGACCAACACUCCAAGAUGGAGUCCCUACCGCAUCCCCAUGAAGGAAGAUCUGCGACCGAAGGUUAACCACGAGCCCAUAAGCGAUCUGAACCGGAAGCUCAGCAUGGGGGAUGUGGUGGAGCUGACACCGGCCCUUCCUCACGAGUCGCUCCCCAAUUACCGGGAGGAGAUUCAGCGCAUGUACGACCGUGGCGGAUUCGCCCUCGCCACCCGGGGUGGCAGCUCGAGGCGGUGACAGUACUUCGACAAUCUUAACAGCCCCACCGCAUCAUUGUACAAUGUUGUCCAACCUAAUUCAAUUCAUUGUAAAUACAACCCUAAUUCUUCGCAGCCGCAGAAACCGGAACAACACCCCCACCAAGUUCUGUAAGCUGGGGGGAGUCUGUUCUGCUGCCUGGAGUCUGUUAGCUUGACCCAGGAGGCUGCAAUGUGUAAAAGUAAAAACAGUGUAUAAUCUUUUCCAAGGUAGUUCCAGCUUCUCCCAGGAUUUGUGGAGAGGAGGCUGUAGCAGAAUCUACAA